UAUGGCUUUGUACCAAUUUUCAAAUAAAUACAAUUAUUUGAACUCUGAAGACUUUUAAUGUGGGGUUUAGACGGAACACCCUGUAUUUGAAUUUUUAAUAAGUUUUCAAACAGUUGUAGAUAAUAAACCGAUUUUAUCGGUUUUUCAAUUAAUGUUACUCGAACAUAUAAUUAUGUGUAGACUCGUAAUGGGGAAUAAAACUCAAGCAUUACAAGAAAUCUCAUCAGCGGUGGCACUUUGUCGACAAAAUGCCAAAUUAUUAGAGACACAUGGGCCCCAAUUACACACCCUUUUGGGGCUAUAUUCAAUGAGUAUGAAUUGUAUGGAGGCGGCUGAGGCGCAAUUCAUGGCGGCGUUACACACGUCACGUGAACGUGAAUUAUGGACGUUUGCAAACUUGAAUCUAGCAAUUGUGUAUUUGAGGGGUAAACGAGAGUCGGAUUUUAAUGCCCUUCAUGAAAGGAUUAAUCCUGAAUCUUUGCCAUCUCAUUCUCAUAGUUUACGAGCUGCUGCUUAUUACGUCCAAGGUCUUCAAGCGUUUUUUCAAGGACGUUACAAUGAGGCCAAGAGGUAUUUGCGCGAGACGUUGAAGAUGGCGAAUGCCGAGGAUUUAAAUCGGUUAACGUCGUGUUCGUUGGUGCUUUUGGGGCAUAUUUUUCUCUCGUUGGGGAAUAGUCGUGAAAGUAUGAAUAUGGUAACGCCGGCAAUGCAAUUGGCGAGUAAAAUCCCCGAUGUUCAUGUACAGUUGUGGGCGUCUGCGAUUUUGAAAGAUUUGUAUAGGAUGUGUAAUGAUCCGCAAAGUGAGAAUGAAGCGUAUCAGAGACAUGUUAAUUUCUCACAAAUGUUACUCAAUGAUCAUUUUCAAGCAUCACAAAUGCCCGAACAUAAUUUGAUUAUGUGGACACAAGGGAGUUUUCCCAACAUCACCAAUUCGCCGAAUACGUCUGGAGUUUUAUUGUAAUCGACUAUUUAUUAAUUUGUAUUCGAAUUUAUUUUUUAUAUAAUUGGUCUUGAAUAAAACGAUUAAAAAUUG